UUUAAUCAAUGUCUCAACAUCAGGGCAAUUUGAUAUAUUUGAACAAUUUCAUGAUAUCAGAAAAUUGAACAUAUCAAGAUUAUCUACACAAACUUCAAUUGCGAAUGUUAAAACUCCACCAAUUAGAGCCCUUAUUCUCGCAUUAAAAAGUCUCAAAAACUCUACAAUUGAAAUGAUUGAUUUUAGCAAAACAGAAAGUUCUUAUUCACCUUUAUCCUUAAACAUUUCAUUCCUUUUCCGAUUGAGACAUACUCCUCUUAAAGAAAUAUACCUGGGCAAUAAUUAUUUGGAUGUCUUUUACACCCAGACAUCCAACCUUCUUGAGAAAAAAAUCUACCUCAUUGACUUAUUAAUUGGAUUAAGUGAACUUGACAUUAUAGUUUUUGAUUUGUCUACUACUGAAAACUAUUUUCGAUCACCACGGGUUCUAAUAAGGCCUGAUGAAUGGGAUAUGUUAAGGCCAAGUAAGCUGAAGACAUUAAAGGUGAAUACUUUAACACCAACGAAAGACCCUAGCUCAUUCUUCCAAUUUGAGAUUGAUCUUGAAAUAGACAUGUCAAAUUUUGCAGACUUAGAAGUCCUAGAAUUAGGAAAUAUGAUAUUUGAUUUGAACAGGAUACCAGUAUAUGAAGUCGAUCCAGUAAUGCAAUACCUUGAUGGUGGAUGUACUUUUUAUAAUGGAAGCAAUUUAAGAAAAUUAGAUCUAUCUGGACCAAGCAAAUUCGUAGAAAUCACUGGAGAAAUCAAAGGACUCGUAAACAUAGAGGAGUUGAAUUUUAAUAAUAAUAACUGCAAACUGGCGCCAUCUUUACUCACAUGUUCAAAAGGUACUUUCGAAUCCAUAAAAAUUCUGAAAUUGAGAGGUAACAAGGUUCAAAUGGAUGGUAGUGAUAUCAGUCCCUCUCCAAGGCUAUUCAAUAAAUGCAGCAAACUAGAACUUGUGGAUAUUUCUAACAAUGAACUGAACUACAUCCCUUCGAGUAUAUUCCAAGAUGCGUUAAGACUCAAAUAUGUGGAUCUAUCUCAUAAUAAAUUAACACAUAUUAAUCUAAAGCUUGGAAAUCAUAAAUAUUUCAAUUUUCUGAAUCUAUCUUACAACUCACUAGGAAAACUUGAGGAACAGUUCACUGAUGAAAUAGAAGAAUUGAACAAUAAUUUGACAAUAGACCUAAAAGGAAAUCCAUUGUCAUGCGGGUGUGAUAAUAUAGAGUUUGUGAAUUGGUUACAGUCCCAUAAGACGAGGAUACAACAUCCAAUGGAUUUAAAAUGUAUGAAUGAAGAUGGUCAACUUGUACGUAUAAUGGAUCUCAAAGUUGGGGCUCUCAGAUUUCAAUGCGCAAAAGUUAUUAUUUUGACUGCAACAGUAACUGCAGGAACUAUUGGUGUAACAAUGAUGAUUGUGUUGUUAAUUUAUAGGUGGCGCUUUAGAAUACAAUACCUUGCGUUGCUAGCUCGUGCACAAUUUCGCGGAAGAAAUGUCCCAGAUGCGGAGUACUAUUUCGAUGGAUUUUUGAGCUAUAGUAGCUUAGAUAAAGGAUUCGUACAUAACACUUUGAUAAAUCAUUUGGAAAAUAAGUUGGACUACAAAUUGUGUUUCGAUGAGCGCAAUUUCCUGAUGGGGCAUGUAUUGGAAGACUUGGUCACAGUUGCCAUGAAUCAAAGCAGGAAAGUCAUCCUAAUAAUCUCUCAAAACUUUCUACAAAGUGGAUGGUGUACAUUUGAAAUGGAAAUGGCCAAUGGGGUUCUAGCAACUCGGGGGUCAAACUGUAUUAUUCUGAUACUAAAAGAGCCUUUAAAUAUGAUACCUGGUAACCUGAUUAAACCAAGACUACAAGCACUUUUGGACAGUCGUCUCUAUGUUGAGUGGAGUGAGGAGGAAGACAGACAAAAACUGUUCUGGCAUAAACUACAGGAUGUAAUGGGACAACCAGGACAUGCUGAACUAACAGAUGAACAUCGUAGGAAUGAAUACCUCAUACAUUUAUUCUCAGAACAGGACAGAGGCAUUUGUGAUGAGGAUAAUGAAGAAAAUAGGCCAUUACUUGAACAUUCACAGUGUGAUUAAAAGUGCAGUAAAGUAUAGAGAUGACUCGAGGGUAAAAUUGUGGUAGAUUGCCACAAAAUUCUAAGUAAUGACUAUUUUCACAAAUAAAUUCUAACUUUAAUGCAUACAUGUACAUUGUUUUUAAUGAUUAUUUUACAAUUUACUAGAAUAAGUUAUAGGAUCAUGACGCAAAGUCAUGUUCUAAAAGUAGGUGAAGCAAAUGAUUUUGACGCA